CACACUCAAACCCCGAUGAUGAUAUUAAAUUAAAUUGUAACUGGCUCCAGCUGUUAACGCAAUGAUGUAAAAAGUUGUAUAUUUUUGUAAAAUUGAUGUUUUAACUGUCUUACAGUCGCCUUUAUAAGUAAAUUUUAUGAAAUAAUGAAUGAAUUUAAGGAAACACUAAAUCUUUUUAUAAAUGUAUCUAAAAUAGUUGGAUUAAUUAAUUAUUGUUGUGUAAUGGAAUCUGGAUUAUUGUACCGGAAUUUUAAAUUAACGUAUCUGUUAUUUCUUGAAUUGAUUCGAAUGUUUGUGUACUUAAUUAUUAGUUAUCAUGUAAUUUUCAACGUGGGAUUAAGAUACCUAAUAUGUCAUUUUAAUAUUAUUAAAUAUUGGGCUAUUGUCAUUGCAGCAAGAAUAUCGGAGAAAUGGAUGAUAAAGUUUAUUAACGGUAUUAUCGAAUUCGACCGCAAACUGUUUUUAUUAAAUUCAUAUUAUCAUGUUAAAGUGUACUCGAAAAGUAAAAAAUUUUGGAAUAUUUGUUGUGCUUCUUUUAUCUUGUUUUUUAUGUAUUGUCAAAUUUUUAUUUUUAACCUACGUGGCAAUGGAAAUAAAGACUUUUCUCUGUAUACAAAAUUCUUGUUUCAUUCGCCAGAUGUUAUUACCUUCGUAGUUAUGAUUACAUCGCUUUAUUAUCUUAGUAACCUAGGCCACCGGUUUUGUGAAUUGAAUAGAUUAUGGAAAUGCUUACCUUUCAGGCUAAUCGAAUUGCCAGGGGUACGGACAACUUCAGAGAUGACAAUGUUAGUAGAACGUAUUCGAUUGUUGCAUGCUGAACUUUCUGAAUUGCUUAGAUUGUUUAGUUUGGGUUACGGACCGGUGUUAUUAAUGCAUUUUACAUUUACUUUUACCCACGCUUUAAUCGAUACAUUUUUUAUUACAAUAUAUUGGGAAUUUUUGGGAAAUGAUUAUUUUCCAUUUAUAUUCUACCCAAUACAUAUUUUUGACAUGAUUUCAAUCAUCUACGUCACAUCGUGGGUCAUUCAAGAGAAAAGAAGAAUUAUUUCAUAUUUGCGAUUGAAUCGGAUUUCUGAAACGACUGUUGAUAUUAAAUUACAAAUUAAAACAUUCAUGCAUCAGAUAAUAGUUUAUGAACCAAACGAAUUAACAGCAUUUGGAUUUUUCAAUUUCGAUUUAAAAUUAACGAUGUCGAUUAUAGUAUUACUGAUCACUGCCAUCUCUACUAUGAUACAAAUGAAAGACCACCCUUGGAUAUUGUACUUAAAGAAUGGAAUAUUUAAAAUUAUUAAUAGUCGCUGGAAAAAUCUUGAUAUCAAAACACACUACAGAAACUGAGAUUGGCAGUAGGUAUCAUAUAUAAUUUCGUUUCUUAAAUACAUAAACAUUAUAGUAUAUAACUUAAGUAUCUAUUUUGCCUAUUCCUUAAAAUUAGUAAACAUUAUAAAAAAUAAUUUGAUUAGUUAUCAUACAUGUAAAUGUGUAAUAGCAUAAUAUAGAUAAAUUAAUUUAGUCUUAAUGAUAAUCAAUAAGAAAAAUUAUAAAAUAAUGAUGUACAAAAAAUAUAUUAUUUUUCAAGAUAAUUACUAAUUAGUCUAUUGUUAUUAUUAGUUUAGCUUUUUCUUACAUUUAUAUACUAUCUGUAUGUGUGUGUGUAUUUGUCUAGUUUAUGUUACCUAUUCAUUUUAUUUCAAAACAUAUUACAUUUAAUUAGUAGAUACCUAAGUACCUACAAAAAUAUGUUAAAAUCUAAGUGAUUAAUGAUUAUGCAUUACCUACCAUUUACCCUGAAUACUAAAUUACAAUAAAUUGUUUUAAAUUAGCUUUGCAUUUCAAAGAAUGUGUAGAU